ACAAGAUCAAGCAACCACCACACCAAAUUCGCGGAGCAGCCACACAGACAAGCAAAACCAAGCGGAAUGGCGAUCGCAGUGACCGGGCAAUGGACGCGGCUGCGUACGAUCGGCUGCGGCGCGUCGGGGGGCGUGGUAUCGCUGGCGGCCGACGGAGCCUCAGGGGAGCUGUUCGCGGUCAAGUCCGUCGCCGCUGCGGCCGACGCGGCGAUGCUGAGCCGGGAGCAGGGGAUUCUGUCCGGGCUGUGCUCGCCCGACGUCGUGCGUUGCCUCGGCGGCGCCCACCGCGACGACGGCUCGUACCACCUCUUCCUCGAGUUCGCCCCCGGCGGCUCGCUCGCCGACGAGGUCGCAAGGAACGGGGGCCGCCUCGAGGAGCGCGCGAUCCGCGCCUACGCCGCGGAUGUCCUGCGCGGGCUGGCGUACAUCCACGGCGAGUCCCUCGUGCACGGGGACAUCAAGUCAAGGAACAUAGUGAUCGGCGCCGACGGUCGAGCAAAGAUCGCGGAUUUCGGGUGUGCGCGGAUGGCAGGUUCUGAUCGGCCGAUCGGGGGCACGCCGGCGUUCAUGGCGCCAGAGGUGGCCAGAGGGGAGGAGCAGGGCCCAGCUGCAGACGUGUGGGCUCUCGGCUGCACGAUCGUCGAGAUGGCCACUGGGCGCGCCCCGUGGAGCGACGUCGACAACGUCCUCGCCGCUGUCCACCGGAUCGGGUACACGGACGCCGUGCCGGAGGUGCCGGCGUGGCUGUCUCCUGAGGCCAAGAACUUCCUCGCCGCGUGCUUCGCCAGAAACGCCGGCGAGCGGGCCACGGCUGUGGAGCUCCUGGAGCAUCCGUUCGUGGCAUUGCAACCCGGAGAGGCCAAGGCCGGGCGGUGGGUAUCGCCCAAGAGCACGCUGGACGCCGCAUUCUGGGAAUCGGACUCAGAUGACGAAGAGCCGGAGGAGAUUUCGGCUAACGCGUCUGACAGGAUAAAGUCAUUGGCGUGCUCCUUCUCGGCCUUGCCGGACUGGGACUCCGACGAAGGCUGGAUCGAUGUGCUCGGCGGCGAGCAGUGCGAGGAAGCUCGCGAUUCGCCAGCGACCAAGGAGCCGGCUGAUGUGUCGAGCAGGGCGCCAGGCAAAGCGAUCGGAUUCGCGGCGGUGCCAGCUGAAGGCGUAGCUGUCGUCGGUGGCCUUUCAAGUGAUGAACAAGUGGAUGCAGAGGACCAGCCGCCUUUCGGUGGAGAUAUCCUGGCCGAUGAUCGUUCCACUGAUCGUCAGAACAAAGUCUGUUCGAGCUCAGACAGAGAUGUGCUAUCAUUUGAGAUGCCCUGUAAUAAUCCAAUCAAUGCAAUAGAAAAGUUCAGUUUUCCACAUAUUUUGCUGUCCCGUUCUUCUGAUAGUAAUUUCGCCUUCGUUCCUGCCCUGUUCUGGACCCGUACUGACAAGUGUGUUCUUAGUGGUUUUAUGCACGUGUUUGGACAAAACAGCACGUCUUAUUUUCCUUGA